AUGGGCGACAUGGCCAACAGUUCCAUCGAGUUUCACCCCAAGCCCCAGCAGCAGCGGGAGGCCCCCCAUGCAGGCGGCUUUGGGUGCACGCUGGCCGAGUUGCGUUCCCUCAUGGAGCUCCGAGGGGCUGAGGCGCUGCAGAAGGUCCAGGAAGCCUACGGGGACGUCAGUGGGCUUUGCAGGAGGCUGAAGACCUCGCCCACAGAGGGCCUGGCCAACAAUGCCAAUGACUUGGAGAAGCGCAGGCAGAUCUAUGGGCAGAACUUCAUCCCUCCCAAGCAGCCCAAGACCUUCCUGCAGCUGGUGUGGGAGGCCCUGCAGGAUGUGACCCUAAUCAUCCUGGAGGUAGCCGCCAUCGUCUCCCUGGGCCUUUCAUUCUAUGCACCACCUGGAGAGGAGAGCGAGGCAUGUGGGAAUGUGUCGGCCGGGGCCGAAGAUGAAGGGGAGGCCGAGGCAGGCUGGAUCGAGGGAGCCGCCAUCCUGUUGUCGGUCACCUGUGUGGUGCUGGUCACGGCCUUCAAUGACUGGAGCAAGGAGAGGCAGUUCCGGGGCCUGCAGAGCCGCAUCGAGCAGGAGCAGAGGUUCUCAGUGAUCCGGGAUGGCCAGCUGCUGCAGGUUCCGGUGGCCGCACUGGUGGUGGGGGACAUCGCACAGGUCAAGUAUGGAGACCUGCUGCCUGCUGAUGGCGUGCUCAUCCAAGGCAAUGACCUCAAGAUCGAUGAGAGCUCCCUGACGGGCGAGUCGGACCACGUGCGCAAAUCAGCGGACAAAGACCCCAUGCUGCUCUCAGGUACCCAUGUCAUGGAAGGUUCUGGAAGAAUGGUGGUGACUGCUGUUGGUGUCAACUCCCAGACAGGAAUCAUCUUUACUUUGCUUGGAGCUGGUGGAGAGGAAGAGGAGAAGAAGGAGAAGAAAGGUAAGGAACCGGUGACCUCCAGCAAGCAGCAGGAUGGGGCGCUGGAGAGUAGCCAGACCAAAGCUAAGAAGCAGGAUGGGGCAGUUGCCAUGGAAAUGCAGCCCCUGAAGAGUGCAGAGGGGGGGGAGACGGAGGAACGAGAGAAGAAGAAAGCCAGCGUGCCCAAGAAGGAGAAGUCCGUGCUGCAGGGCAAGCUCACCAAACUGGCCGUGCAGAUCGGGAAAGCAGGGCUGGUGAUGUCUGCCAUCACCGUCAUCAUCCUGGUCCUCUACUUUGUGAUCGAGACCUUCGUCGUGGACGGCCGAGUGUGGCUGGCGGAGUGCACACCCGUCUACGUGCAGUACUUUGUGAAGUUCUUCAUCAUUGGUGUCACUGUACUGGUUGUGGCCGUCCCGGAGGGCCUGCCUCUUGCUGUCACCAUCUCCUUAGCCUACUCUGUCAAGAAAAUGAUGAGGGACAACAACCUGGUCCGCCACCUGGAUGCCUGUGAGACCAUGGGCAAUGCCACAGCCAUCUGCUCAGACAAGACGGGCACGCUCACCACCAACCGUAUGACCGUGGUCCAGUCCUACCUCGGGGACACCCACUACAAAGAGGUUCCAGCCCCCAGCACCCUGACCCCCAAGAUCCUCGACCUCCUGGUCGACGCCAUCUCCAUCAACAGUGCCUACACCACCAAAAUACUACCUCCAGAGAAGGAAGGCGCUCUCCCACGCCAAGUGGGCAACAAGACGGAGUGUGCUCUGCUGGGCUUUGUCCUGGACCUGAAGCGGGACUUCCAGCCUGUGCGGGAGCAGAUUCCAGAAGACAAACUUUACAAAGUGUACACCUUCAACUCGGUCCGCAAGUCCAUGAGCACGGUCAUCCGCAUGCCUGAUGGCGGCUUCCGCCUCUUCAGCAAGGGCGCCUCGGAGAUCCUGCUGAAAAAGUGCACCAACAUCUUGAACAGCAACGGGGAACUGCGCGGUUUUCGCCCUCGGGACCGGGAUGACAUGGUGAAGAAGAUCAUUGAGCCCAUGGCUUGCGAUGGCCUCCGCACCAUAUGUAUUGCCUACCGGGACUUUUCUGCAGCUCAGGAACCCGACUGGGACAAUGAGAACGAGGUCGUGGGUGACCUCACCUGCAUAGCCGUCGUGGGCAUCGAGGACCCUGUGCGGCCCGAGGUUCCUGAGGCUAUCCGCAAAUGCCAGCGUGCUGGCAUCACAGUCCGCAUGGUGACUGGGGACAACAUCAACACGGCCCGGGCUAUCGCGGCCAAGUGCGGCAUCAUCCAGCCCGGGGAGGACUUCUUGUGCCUGGAGGGGAAGGAGUUCAACCGACGGAUCCGCAAUGAGAAAGGCGAGAUAGAACAGGAGCGUCUGGACAAGGUGUGGCCCAAGCUGAGGGUCCUCGCCCGGUCAUCUCCCACUGACAAGCAUACUCUGGUCAAAGGGAUCAUUGACAGCAGCACCGGCGAACAGCGGCAGGUGGUGGCCGUGACCGGGGACGGCACCAACGACGGGCCAGCCCUCAAAAAGGCAGAUGUGGGCUUUGCCAUGGGCAUUGCAGGGACUGAUGUGGCCAAGGAGGCCUCAGACAUCAUCCUGACCGAUGACAACUUCACCAGCAUCGUCAAGGCGGUCAUGUGGGGCCGGAACGUCUACGACAGCAUCUCCAAGUUUCUGCAGUUCCAGCUGACGGUCAACGUGGUGGCUGUGAUCGUGGCCUUCACGGGGGCCUGCAUUACUCAGGACUCUCCUCUCAAAGCCGUGCAAAUGCUGUGGGUGAAUUUGAUCAUGGACACAUUUGCCUCUCUGGCCCUGGCGACAGAGCCACCCACUGAGUCACUGCUGCUACGGAAACCAUACGGCCGGGACAAGCCCCUGAUCUCCCGCACCAUGAUGAAGAACAUCCUGGGCCACGCGGUCUACCAGCUCACCAUCAUCUUCACACUGCUGUUCGUCGGGGAGCUCUUCUUUGACAUCGACAGUGGGAGGAACGCACCCCUGCACUCUCCACCAUCAGAGCACUACACCAUCAUCUUUAACACCUUCGUCAUGAUGCAGCUUUUCAACGAGAUCAAUGCCCGCAAGAUUCACGGCGAGCGAAACGUCUUCCACGGCAUCUUCAGCAACCCCAUCUUCUGCACCAUCGUCCUGGGCACCUUUGCAAUUCAGAUCGUCAUCGUCCAGUUCGGCGGAAAGCCCUUCAGCUGCUGCCCCCUGUCCACGGAGCAGUGGCUCUGGUGCCUGUUCGUUGGCGUUGGGGAGCUGGUCUGGGGACAGGUCAUUGCCACUAUCCCCACCAGCCAGCUCAAGUGCCUGAAGGAAGCAGGGCACGGGCCCGGCAAGGAUGAGAUGACCGACGAGGAGCUGGCCGAGGGGGAGGAAGAGAUCGACCAUGCCGAGCGGGAGCUCCGCAGAGGCCAGAUCCUCUGGUUCCGGGGCCUCAAUCGGAUUCAGACGCAGAUGGAGGUAGUGAGUACCUUCAAGAGAAGCGGUUCAUUUCAGGGUGCUGUGCGCCGGCGGUCUUCAGUCCUCAGCCAGCUCCAUGACAUCCGGGUGGUGAAAGCGUUCCGUAGCUCGCUCUAUGAAGGCCUGGAGAAACCGGAAUCCAAGACCUCCAUCCAUAACUUCAUGGCGACGCCCGAGUUUCUGAUCAAUGACUACACCCACAACAUCCCACUCAUCGAUGACACGGACGUGGACGAGAACGAGGAGCGCCUGCGGGCCCCCCCGCCCCCGUCCCCCAACCAGAACAACAACGCCAUAGACAGCGGCAUCUACCUGACCACGCACGGCACCAAGUCAGCUACCUCGUCAGUGUUUUCUUCCAGACCUGGGAGCCCGCUCCACAGCGUGGAGACGUCCCUCUAGGGGACCUGCUCUCAGCACGCGCACACCGCACGCACGCGCACUCGGGCGGGAUGGCGCAGGCCUGCAAGGAGAGCACGGCCAAGGCUGCUGAAGAUGGUGCUCGGACGGCGCUUGUGAGAAGCUGAUCCAUCCAACGCUUCUUACCCGGGACUGAAGAGUCACAGGGAGAAACUAGAGAGUGACAAGAGCUGGGUUUCCCUUUUUUCUAUCGGAGCAUUUUUUUAAACGAACACUACGAUUCUACCAGAUGUUCGCUGUUUGGGCUGUGCGGCGGGGCAGGGGCCGGUUGCGGUCCAGUGGGAGCUGCGCAGCACCCGCUGGAGAGCAAUUGGAUCAAUCGGUUCAUUCAAAAAGAGCGCUGCUUCACAGGCCCGGGAAGGACGCCCCGCCCGGACAGCCCAACGCGGGCAGCCGCCUGCCUGCGGAUGUACCUGCACCACCACCAAGCGCCGCUUCCCCAGGACACAUGUGCAGUCCGUACGUGUGCGUGCGUGCAUAGAUAUGAGCGUGCGUAUACGCAUAUACGUACCUAUAUGACCAGAUGCAUAUUUAAAGAAUAAGGAGCUAUUUAUCAGCAUGAUAUUUCCAUUCCUCUUAUCGGCUGUUUUCAUUUUGAAAUCUCAUUAUUUAUUGU